AUGCAUGCCUCACCACCCUCCUUUCGUCCAGCAAGGUUGGCGCGGAGCUCACGAACACCGACACUAGGACCGGUUUGUCUUCUAGUUCUCUGCUGGGUCCGAUUUUCGCUAUGUGCGCAAUGGCUCGGCGAACGUGCACUUCCAGAGUUGUCUCCUGGUCAAAUAGCACAGCUCGCUUCAACGCCCGACCCGUCGAAGAACCUUGACCCGGAUGACAAGUCGUCUCAUUUGUCUCAAAUACUCAUUCCUCGACCGCCGGACACGGAGAAUAAUACGCAAGUGAAGAAUUACAUCGUGUCUGUCAUGAAAGGAUUGGAUUGGGACGUUGAAGAGGAUUCAUUCAUAUCAGAAACUCCUUAUGGUCCGAAAAGGUUUACGAAUGUCAUUGCUACGAAGGAUCCUGGGGCACCUCGGAGAGUUAUCCUGUCUGCACACUUUGACAGUAAAUUCUUUUCAACGUAUCCUUUAAACCAGUUUGUUGGAGCUACCGAUUCCGCGAUGCCUUGUGCAUUGAUGCUAGAUCUUGCAGAGGCGAUAGAUCCGUUAUUAAAUCGUAGAAGGGAUCAAUUGGAGGAAGGGUUAAUAGACGAUGAAGAUGUAGCCGAGACUACUCUUCAGCUCGUUUUCUUUGAUGGAGAGGAGGCCUUCAAAGAUUGGACACAUACAGACUCUGUUUACGGUGCUCGGCAUCUGGCGGAGAAGUGGGCUACGACAUAUAUUCCUCCUAAUGCAAAGCGACGUUUACGAACGACGACGACGGAGCUUGCAUCAAUCGAGGUCCUUAUUUUACUCGACUUGCUUGGUGCGAAAGACCCACUCGUUCAAGCAUACUUUCUCGACACCGCUUGGCUCUUCGACGCGCUCGUCUCAGCAGAGAAGAGAUUAUCUGAACAUGGUGAAUUCGGUAUGGAUGCGGAACUGAAAGGUUACCGAAGCUUUUUCUUGCCGCGUAAAAGGAUGCAGAAUUAUGGGUUUAUCGAGGACGACCAUAUUCCGUUCAUGCAGCGCGGAGUAAGCGUAUUACAUAUCAUUUCAAGUCCGUUCCCUCGUGUCUGGCACACGUUGAAGGACGACGCAUCAGCAUUAGACUUGGACACGAUGGCUCGAUGGAACAUGAUCAUGCGAGUCUUCAUGUCCGAGUAUCUUGGACUACAACCAGACGAAAAGAAGGAAGUAGUGAAAAGAGAUAACGGGGACCUCUAGCAUCUAGAACGAAAACAUCAUUCCAUUGAAUUGUAAUAUCAUAAUUCAUAUUUGUCUCUUGGAUGGACUCCUCAAUCAAUCUUGUUUUGCAAUUGCUUUCUGACUUUUUCUGUUUUGGUCAAUCACUGUACUACAUUUGGGAAUUUG